CCGCGUGGGAAGCAGAGUGCGUGGUGGUGGAAGUGGGUGAGGGGAAUCAUCAUCCAGGAAUCUCCUGAGGACCACAAGAAAACAUGGGGAGGAUUUUUCUCACUGGAGAAAAAGCCAAUUCAGUACUAAAACGCUACCCAAGAGCAAAUGGACUUUUCGAAGAAAUAAGACAGGGCAACAUUGAACGCGAAUGCAAAGAAGAAGUCUGCACAUUCGAAGAAGCAAGAGAAGCUUUUGAAAAUAAUGAAAAA